GAAAGCCUGAACCCCAUACCAGAAAAGUUCGGUGGAGAGUCUCUCUCUGGGACUUUAUUUCAAUAAAUUUACCAAGUUUCUCAAUUACUUAGAUCGAAACUCGAACGAGAGAGAAAAAAAAGUAGCGUUCUUUUCUCAACAGAAGGAAAAAGAAUGGAGUCAAAUUCAUGGAGGUUUCGAUUUUCCAAUUCUUCUUCGUCUUCCUCAAGGCGUCAUCAAUCUCGAUCUGAUCCGUUUCUGGGUGGAGGAUAUGAAGAAUUUGAUGGAGACGAGGAUUUCAAGGCGGAGUUUUUAUGUCCGUUUUGCGCUGAGGAUUUCGAUAUUGUUGGGCUUUGUUGUCACAUCGAUGAGGAACAUCCUGUUGAAGUAAAAAAUGGGGUUUGCCCGGUUUGCGCGAAGAGGGUCGGGAUGGAUAUAGUUAGCCACAUUACCAUGCAGCAUGGGAAUUUUCUUAAGGUGCAGCGCAAGCGAAGAUUACGCAAAGGUGGAUCCAAUUUGACAUUUUCUAUGUUGAGAAAAGAACUGAGAGAUGGAAACUUGCAUGCCCUUCUUGGGGGAUCUUCAUGCAUUGUUUCUCCCCCCAAUGUUGAAGCCGAUCCAUUAUUGUCAUCAUUUAUGUUCAAUCCACCCACAGCCGAUGAGCCUUUAAGCUUGCAGUCUCUCUCUAUUGCUGAAUCAAGUGCAGACAAGGAAAGCACAGAUAAAGAAUCUCUAGAAAGAAAGCCUCAACAGUCACAACUGUCGGACCAGGAGCACGAGGAGAAGGCUCGAAGGUGUGAAUUCGUCCGAGGGCUGCUGAUGUCCACUAUUCUCAAUGAGAAUUUAUAAGUUAAAUGAGGGUAUUUGUAGAAUCUAUUGGUAAAAUAUAAUAUUAGGUCUGAGAGUAAAGCAUAAAGAGGAAGGUCUUCACUCUACCUCAGAAAUGGCAAUCGGUUGAACUAAAAAUCAAACAAAACUCUGUAUUCCUACUGUAUUUAGAGCUUUUGUGCAUAAUGGAAAGAUGGAAGAACUUCUAUCCUCCUAUAUAUAUAUAUAUAUACACUUAUAUGUGUUUAUGCUUUGUCUUUAAAUGAUACAUGAUUGGAAUUAGCUGAUUUAUUAUAACUAAA